AUGAACGGAGAAGAAAUUCAAACUUUAGCUGAACUGCUUCUUAGUUAUGUUGUUCAGUUACAGCCUUGUGAAAGUUUCAUUAAUGAUCUUUGUGAAAUUUACUUAAAAAAAGGCGAAGAUCUGAAAGUACUAGAAAAUCGUUUUUUUAUAUUUAAAAGGUUUAUAAGAAAACAAUUAAAGAAUGGCGGCGACGACAUUCCUAGAAAUUUAAUUAUCAGUACGAGGGAUCAGACAAAAUUCGCAAAAGUAAUUUCAAUAACAUGGAAGAAACUUUCACUUGAGCAGCAAAGUGUUUACCAAGAAAUUCGAGAAGAAGUAAAAUUGAUAUAUACAACGAAUUAUCCUAAUUGGAAGUCCAAUCAAAACAGAAAUAAGGCCACUCUUAAAAUCAAAAGAGGACGCGAAAUUAUGUAUCGUAAAAUUGAUCCCUAA